UACUAUUUAAUCUGUGGCGGAGCGUAUUUCUGUCAUGGCCGUACGCGAGCGCGCGAAAUCAGUUCUUCACCGCUUACGCCUCGCAGUGCAUGCCUGAUGUGGAAGCGCGAACUGUUCGAAUUCCGAACGCCGGAAAAGUUUUUAAAUUUGGAUCAAUAAACUAGGAAGUGAAUAAAAAAAUAUUAUUGUCUAUUAUUAAAUGAGAAAGUAAUUUUUUAUCUACAUACCCACAGUUUAUAUAAGUUACAUUUACGUUAUUUUUUUUCGGAAGUUUCAGUUUUUGUGAGUGUUUGAACAUCGAUUUAGAAGUUUUGUAUUUGUGAAAAUUUCUGAACUUUUGCCAGAGCUGUUUGAAAUAUUGCAACAGCAGCAAAACGGGGGAGGAUUCAAAAAUGUGAUACAUUCAUACUUAAUGAUCAAAAAAAUCUAGCACCAUGACACUUAAGAUCAUUUUGACGGCAAUUUCUAUUUUUAUUGUUUUUGUAAAUGCCAAAGAAAAUGUAAAUAUGAUAACAAAUUUGAACGAAUACAUUUUAAAUGAGAGUAUAUUUGAUACCAAGUACUUAUUAGAUGUAAGUAAUGAUGAAAGUUUAACAAACUUGUAUAAAAUACAUUCUAGAGAUAAAAGAAACACUGUAAAUGCAACUGAAGAUGACAUUCCAACGCAGAGUCAUAAACAGAAAAGCAUGAUUUCCAAUGUAACAGAAGACAGAAAUUCGAUAAAAGUUUUGGAAGAUAAAGACAAAGUUGUAGCUAACAGAUCAAAUGAAAUUGAUGAAAAUGGAGUCACGGAAUUUUUUGACCCUUACAAUUUCACUGACGAAUCUUGUGUGGGUGACCCGGAUUAUUGCAAUAUGACCGAAGAAGAAUAUUUUCAAAUGUUAAAUGAUUAUAUCUAUCCACAACCAUAUGAAUGGGUGCUUAUUGCAACACAUGCAAUUGUUUUUGUAAUCGGAUUAAUUGGAAAUGCGUUGGUUUGCAUUGCAGUUUAUAGAAAUCAUUCCAUGAGAACUGUGACCAACUAUUUCAUAGUAAAUCUUGCAGUUGCAGAUUUUAUGGUCAUUUUAAUAUGUUUGCCUCCCACUGUGCUUUGGGAUGUAACUGAAACUUGGUUCUUUGGGACUGCUAUGUGUAGGAUUGUCCUAUAUUUUCAGUCGGUAUCAGUGACAGUAUCAGUGCUGACACUGACCUUCAUCUCCGUGGACCGCUGGUACGCCAUCUGCUUCCCGCUCAAAUUCAAGUCAACCACGAGCCGCGCCAAGACCGCCAUACUUAUCAUUUGGGUGCUGUCUCUGUUGUUCAAUGUGCCGGAAUUCGUCGUCCUUCAGGUACAACACAGAGUGCCGCUGAGGUUCAACGCGCAGUAUUUCAUGCAGUGCACUUCCACGUGGUCGGACAAAAGCGAUCUUAAGUGGCACAUAAUAAAGGCGCUUUUCCUUUACACAUUCCCGCUGCUGCUGAUGAUGAUAGCGUACUGUCAGAUCGUGCGCGUUCUGUGGAGAUCGGACAACAUCCCCGGUCACACGGAGUCUCACCAGCUGUGUCCGCCGGCCAGUGGACAGACCAACUGGUUAGCAGCCAGUCGAAGGACUACACCAUCGAUCCACGCCAAUGCGUCCACAGAAGGACAACUCCGAUCCCGGCGCAAAGCGGCCAAGAUGCUGGUGGCAGUGGUCAUUAUGUUUGCGGUUUGCUACUUCCCUGUUCAUCUGUUAUCAGUUCUGAGAGUCGCCUUCGUGGUCCAGCAGACUGAAAUAAUGACGUGCAUCGCUCUGAUCUCUCACGUGAUGUGCUACGCCAACUCCGCCGUCAAUCCACUCAUCUAUAACUUUAUGAGUGGUAAAUUUCGCCGGGAAUUUCACAGAUCCUACUUCAAGUGCUUCUGCUGCUGCCUUGCAUCUUCCGCUCCCGAGCAAAAUGGAACAUCUUUUGCUCCCAUCGGCAGUUCCCGAGCAGGAACCACCAGAACUGUUGUUCGGAGAAAUGAUUCUUGUGUCAGUUACAGAUUGACACAUCUGUCUCCAUCAAACCACAACAACAUCCAUCGAGAUGUAGCCAGAAACAAAAAUACAUCUUUCAUAGAGAAUAUGAAUGGCAAUCGAAAACUUAAAGUAAGGGAUGACUCCGUAAGUGAAUCAGCACGAUUCACGUUAACCACUGAUGUCAGAGAUUGACAAUUGGGCAGAGACCUUCUCGUGUACACAGAUAGAAACCGCGAUGGAAUUGGCUAUAUAGCAAGAAGUACAAAUAGCAUUGACUGUAAGCCUUACUACGAUUGUUUUAAAGGCCAAGGUUCGAGUGGAUGUGGUGCUAAGAAAGUGAGCUUCGAUAAAAUAGAACUUGAAAGACAUAGUGAUACGUACGCUGACUACCGAGAGUGUGAUAAUGAACUGAAGGAACUUUUCACUGUCGACGAAACUAAAAACGGGUAUAAAUUUAAGUUUAAUCGUAGUUUAAAUAGUUGCCAGAUAAAAGAUAAGAGGAAAAACAAAACAGUGUUUUAAGUUUUUUAUGUUUAAUUUAACGGUUAUUGUAAAUAGACUCAACUUUUGUGAUGAAAAUCAUAUCGUCGUGUUUUCUUUCUAAUCACAUAAUAACGAAGCCACCGAUUACAUAUUGAAGACUCCUUUUUUUUGUAAAUAUUUAAAUAUUAUUUUGAGAUAAUUUAUGAUUGAGCAAUCAAUGUAAAAAUAAUAUAAAUAUUAUAUUAUGCUAUGUAUAACAUACCUAAUAUACUUGAUUAUUCGAGAUUUGUGAAUAAAAAUAAAAAGAACAGUUUAUCUAUCGCAAUUAUUAAAUAUUUUUGGAGUUAUAUUAUAAUUAUCAUUUAAACCAGAAAUCCGAGCUCUAAUAUUACUUUUUUUUUAUUAUUUUAUUCUCUACAAGUUAGCCCUUGACUACAAUCUCACCUGAUGGUUAGUGAUGAUGUAAUCUAAGAUGGAAGUGGGCUAACUUGUAAGGAGUAGGAUGAAAUCCACAAUCUUUUCGGUUUCUACAUGACAUCGUACCGGAACGCUAAAUCGCUUGGCGGAACGUCUUCUAUAGAAAUAUAAUUGUCCUCAAUGUCCCUAAACUAAGUAUCCGAUUUAGAUGACGCAAAUAUUCCAUGGCCCCUAAAAGCAGUCAAAUUUUCCACGGCAAUAUGAAACAUGGGAGGUAUUAGCAAGUCAAAAUAAUAAAGUACAAAAAAAUAUAUUACCAAGUUACAUUACAAUUAUAAAAAAACUUGCUUUGUAGAUUGAACAAAUUGGACAGAUAAUCACGUAAUUGGUACACAAGAAACGUCCUAGCUUCGUCGCCUUUGGCAAUUAGUUAAUCCGAUUUGUGUUUUCCUAUCCUAGUUGUCUUAUUUUAUCGGAUUGCUUGAUGAAACAAAAGCAAUGAAUAUUGGAUAAAUAUUUUCUGUUAUACAAAGGACGGGAUAUUAACUUUUGUGAUAUUAAUUUAGUGAUUAAGAUAUUAUAUUUUGCCACUAUAUGAUACUAGCUAAGGCUGCGCGGUUUCACCCGCGUUGUUUCCGUGCCCGUAGGUAUACGGGGAUAAUAUAUAGCCUAUAGCCUUCCUCGAUAAAUGGGCUAUAUAACAGUGAAAGAAUUUUUCAAAUCGGACUAGUAAUUCCUAGGUCAAACAAACAAACUCUUCAGCUUUAUAAUAUUAGUAUAGAUCUUGGAGGAUCUAAGUCUAAAUAUAUUGAAGAACCCUUUGUAAUAAAAGUGAGGUAGUCAAGCCAAGCAGCAUCUAUCUCAUGCCUCUGACGGUAAGAGGCAAAUGAGGCUUAACACCGACGCCUAGUAUGGUGGAUUGUUAGGUGUGAUACCUGCAAAGUGUUUUUAAAUAAGCAAUGGUUUACACAUCAUGUGGGAUGGAAUAAACACAUCUCUGUUUGCUCAGUCAACUAUUUCUAGUUAAUUUCAAGCAUUUACUAUAGUUUCGACACAGUGGCGUAACGUGGGUUUUCACAGCGCAGGGCCAGCAAAUAUGCCUUUAUAUUUAAUUCAACGGACCUUAUAUUUUAUUCCACAAUAUAAAUCAAGAUAAACUACCGCUGCUUCAGAAGGAGCACACAUCUACAUAUUUUAAAUGGCCAACCGAGCAACCUCAACAUUACUAAUGACUUUGAAGAGGCAUACUUUAUACUGUCGAAUGUUGUAUAUAUUGAGUUUUAUGAGGAGUGCCUGUGAACUGUUAGAUUUCCUAUUUUUUUCCAUUUCAAAUUGAUAAAAUCGUGGCGCUUGGUGUUACUCCCUUUCGUAUGCCGCCCGCCUGGGGUCAAAGAGUAUAUAAUCUGUGCGUUAAGGGGUCAAGGCCGCCGACCCCCCUAUCGCUACGCCACUGUUUCGACAGUAAAGCUAUCAUAACUGUGUCGCGCCAACCAUUUUAUUAGUUUUGUAAUAAAAUAAAGUCAAAAAUACACACAAUAUAAAACAGUUGCAACUGUUGGUUCUAAAAAUAACUUUAUACCGUUAUAUUGUACGCAUGGGUGCCGACACCCAAUACAUUUUGUGUAAACAAGUCGUUUCCGGUGCUUGCCCUACUAUGUUUACUAACAACACAAUUAUAACGUGUUAUAUCCUAUCUGAGUCGUGACACCAUUGUGGUUUAAUAAUGCCAGCCCCAAGUUCGAUUUUUGGGUAAAAAUAAUCAAAACAAAUAACGCUAUAUUAUUUGGUAAUCGCCACUUAUUACUUAAGUCAAGGGUAUUUUAUAGAUGUAUUUUACAGUUGUAUAUACGGGGUGCUCGGAAGUAUUUCCCAUAACUCUAGGGUUAUAUUCUUUAACAGAAAUUUCAAGAAACAUGUGUUCUAAAAUGAAUAUUUUCAGAGUAAAUAAAUAAAUUAAAUUUUGUAAAUAGAUCUUAAAAUGUGUCCCAUAUACGCAUCCUUAUAAUUAUGACGUAGCUAAGUUUUAUGUAUUUUAAAAUGCAAGGAUAGAUAAAGUGUUACAUGAGUAAUCUAUACAUUAGAAUUAUUUGAAUUACUUUGUAUGUAAAACAUAAAAUGUUUUUAUUUUUUAGUUUAAAAAAUAUUAAUAAAAAAAAUUCAACCGACUUCAAAAACAAAACGUACCGACUAAACUAAAAAGUGAAAAAUAACAUCGUAUUAUGUUCUACCUACUGAUCAGUUUGAAGACGGUGCUAAUGCAUGCUAUGCAGUUCGGUUCAGUGGACUCGUCAAGCACCUUUAAGUUAUGGGAAACACUUCCAAGCACCCUGUGUAUUAGUUAAAACUACAAUUUUAUAUAAAUAGGUAUCUAUCCACAUUACAUUCUGUCUUGUAAAAUAAUAGAUGUAUAUUUUGUGAUAUAAAUACAUAAUUGUUUCUUAAUUCGUGUAAGAAGCAGAGUUUGUUGGUUAGCGCAGUUUCAAAUUCAAGUUAUCUACCUUAUUUUACCUAAGUAUAACAUAAAGUAUAUAUAGAUAAAUAAACCUUGUACAUAAUCACUUAAAUUAUAUAAAAUAUUAUAAUCUUGGUAUCAAAUUUAAUAAAAUUAAAAAAAUUAUAUCUAAUAAUAAUAGUAUGAAUGUCCUGUAUAUAUUAACUUAACAAUAUUUUUUGUAUAGUAGAGACAUUGUAAAUGUGAUUAUUUAUUGAAAAAGAUGUAUAACGGUUUUUAAAAUAUAAGAAUUUUGAA